CGUCCGCAUUUUGGAAUCUUGCCCAUCGGUCUGGCCUUUAUUUUUGCAGUACUAAUCGCCAGCCGUCGAACUAGACUUUAAGUCCAAAAGCUUGCUCCUUGUACUUACUGUUGUUGUUAUCGAUCUUGCUUGUUUCCAUUCGUUCUCGUUCCUUCACCCUACCACAAAAAGGGAAGGCUUUGAAGCCCCCCCUUAAUUUCUCUUCUUUAGUUUCCACUCUAUUCGUCCAAACCCGCUCUUUACAUACCACGAUGAUACAGAGGUGGAAGUGAGCGGAAGAAGAUCUCUUUGGAGCUGUCUUAUGAUCAUAUCUGGUCCCAAACAUUGGUCCAAGUUGGCGCUCCCGAGACUUUUCUGUAAACCAGAGCUGGAAGGGGAGGCAAUCGUACUGGUAGGAUGUAAAAUUUCGAUUGUUUUCGAUCGAAUUUUGACUGUUUACGAUAUCAAAGUGGACAGCUCUUGCACCGAGAUUGGUUUUUGUCGGAAAACUCUGCUCAAAAUUAGAUUUUGGAUCUGAGUGUUUGGUUUUGGUGGCAAUUCUCGAUGCUUGCGAUUUUUGCUAAUGGGGCACAGAUGUCGAAGAUGUAAUAUUUCCACCAGUACCUUAACCUGCACGUCGUUCUCCAUCUAAAUAUAAUCAGGAUCUUCUUAAUAGUAGCAUAUGGUUAAGACAUAAUUGGCUGGAGGUAAAAGAUAUUUGAUAGCUGUAUGGAGGCUAAAAUGGAGAAGAAAAAGAAAGUUCUAGAACUACGAGAAAGACUGGACCAGACUCUUGCUUUGCCUGAUCUUGCAAAUGAAGAGUUAAUCAAGUCACUCGUCAAAAAUCAACUUCUACGCUCCUCGUUUUCUGGCAUGAAAGGAGACAUGGGACCCGUUGUAGAAAAGCGGGCAAGAGAGGUUUCCAAUUUUCUUGAGAUGUUGAGAAGUGCUUCAGGUGGAAUGGAGCCUUUUAAGACUCGUGGGACAUCACAGAGUGAUUGGAAGAUAAAGCAAGAUACAGAUCAUUUUCGUGUGAUGUAUCGUGAAGGUCCCCAUGGCACUCCAUUUCAUACUCUUCUCACUGAAGGUUAUGUUGAUGGACCUAUUGAUGUCUGUUUAUGCGUUUCAUGGGAGUCUACUCUCUAUAAAAAAUGGUGGCCACAGUACAACAUACCGACAUUCAAAAUUAUCAUGUCCACCUGUUUGCAAAAAGUCAGAAUUGGUGAAGAAAUAUCUUUAGUAAGAGUGAAGGUUGCCUGGCCAGUUUCUGAUAGGGAGGCUCUUCUGCACUAUUUUGAAAUUGAAUACUUGAAGGAAGAUCUCAUUCUUGUGCUAAUCAACACGAUUUCAGAAUCGGAACAUAUAGAUAUAAGCACUCAUGGGUUCAGUAUAGAUGGAAUUCCUGAAGCAAAAGAUAUAGUGCGGGUGGAUUUAGUUGGAGGCUUCAUUUUGCAAAAAGCUAGUGCCAACAGAAGCUAUUUCAGGGCUAUAGCAAAUAUGGACAUCAAACUGGAUUUUGUGCCUCCAUCACUUAUCAACUUCAUAUCAAGGCAGCUACUGGGCAGUGGAUACAAGCUAUAUCAAAAGGCUGUUGGAUCUGUGGCCACCAGUGAUGAUGAUUACCGCAGGGCGUUAGAAGGACCAAUGUAUACUCAGGUUCGUGAAGGCCUGGAUUUACACAACAAAUUCAAGACAGGUUUGGUGGGAACAAUUGGGGACAAACCUACAGGCCUCAUCCCUGCAGAACAUACGGUAAAAACCACUGUAGAAAGGACACCAGUAACAGAGAGUUCAUUUGUCUCUGAGAUUGUAGAAGAGGAGGCAGAACAGCAUCAAUGUUUGGAAUUGGAUCAAGCCACUAGUGCCCCUGCAACCAAUACGAUCACUGAUCAGGAACAUCCUGUUAAAGAAGAAGCUUCUAUCAGUCCUGAGGUGGAACAUGCUCUAGGCAUAUUGGAUAGUGCAAUUGCUAUUAUUCGAAACAAAGGUUCUAAUAUCCAGACCAACUGCUCAUCCUCUGGUCAGCAGUUGCUAGCUUCUGAAACAGCCGCACAGGCUGCAGCUGGUUCUGCCAGUGAUGAAGAUGCAAUUGAAAUCAGUAGCAACAUGGAUAAACCAUCAGCCAGUUCUGAAGCCAGGUCAGAUGCCAAAGGUUCCAGCAGCGUGGAGUCUGCCCCAUUGUCGAGGGAGAGAUUUGCGAUUUUGGGCAACACACAAGCAGUUGAUUUUAGGAUUUCUUCCCAUAACAAGUUGAUGGAAUCUAAAGUCACUAUGACACAGCCACCAGUGUUGGAGAGCAUGAGAAGAGUGUGUGACGAAGGUAGCCUCAAGGCCGAUGGUUUUCACCAGAACGAGAAUGGUCUUUGUGAAGGAACGUUGCGGCAAAACAAGAAAAAGAAAAAUUGGUUCUGUUGCUUCAGUUCAAGUUGAGAGAAGACAGCUAAUUGAUACAGUAAACUGUGAUAGAGUCGCACUGCAGAAUACAAAUGGGAGGUUAUGGGAUAGGUUAGAAUUUGCCGUGUUGUUCGAAAACUUUCAUCUGUAAUUUCUCGAAAAUAAAAGAUACAGCUGUAUACAAAUAAAGAUGUAAUGUCAUUGUCUUUGUGGGGGAAGAACUCAAAAUGAUAAAUCAUUGAGUGCGGUUCUGUUGAUCUCUGAACUUCUCCUGGGCGUA